AGUCACUUAUCAACCAGAGAGCUGAAGAGACGUAUCAUUGAAGUGAAGUCAAGUAAAGCAAAGUAAAUUAAACAAGUUGCUCAGUGAACGUAAAAGAAAUUAAUUUGUGAAAAUGCACAAGACUCCAAUUAACGAGUUGCGUCGCGUGUGCGUUAUUGGAGCCGGAACCGCUGGAUUAAGUGCAUUGAAAAAUGCACUGGAGGAGGGCUUGGAGGCAGUCGCCUACGAGCAGGGCACCGAAAUCGGUGGCACAUGGAUAUUCUCGGAUAAAAUGCCCAAAGAUGAGUACGACGAGGUGCACAGCAGCAUGUACGAGGGAUUGCGCACAAAUUUGCCCAAGGAAGUUAUGGGUUAUCCGGACUACCCUUAUCCCACAGAGAUUGACGAGUCCUUCAUAACAUCGCAGCAAGUAUUGGAAUUCCUGAGAUCUUAUGCGAAUCACUUCAACUUGUUGCCGCACAUAAAGUUGCAACACGAGGUCAUCAGGGUGCGACCCCGCUUAAACGAUUGGGAGGUCUAUGUUUGGGAUCACAUCAACGAUACUUGCAAUCCGAUCUAUUAUGAUUUUAUAUAUGUAUGCAAUGGCCACUAUACGGAACCAGAUAUGCCCCAAAUCGAGGGCAUGGAUCUCUAUGAGGGCAAACAAAUUCACAGCCAUCUAUAUCGCAAAGCUGACAAAUUUAAAGAUCAGACAGUUUUAAUCAUUGGCGCUGGUCCCAGUGGCAUGGAUAUCACAAAUCACAUUCGAGUUGAGGCCAAACAUGUCUAUUUGAGUCAUCAUCUGUCGAUGACACCGAAUACCACAUUUAUGGGCAAUGUGACACAGAAACCGGAUGUGGCACGAUUCACCAAAGGGGGUGCCAUCUUCAAGGAUGGCAGCGAGGAGAGAUUCGAUCAUGUUGUCCAUUGCACUGGCUAUCAUUAUAGUUUUCCCUGUCUGAGCACCGAUGUGGGCAUCCAAGUGAUUGAUAAUUUUGUGCAACCCUUGUGGAAGCACUGCAUCAAUAUUAAUAAUCCGACAAUGUCGUUCAUUGGACUGCCCUUCAAUGUGAUACCGACGCACAUCUUCGACAUGCAGGUGCGAUUCACCCUGAAAUUCUACACGGGCCAGCGACAGUUGCCAACCAGGGAGCAAAUGCUGGCGGAACUGGAGAAGGAGCAAGGAGAGCGUUGGGCAUGUGGUUAUCCCAAUCGCAAGAAGGCCCAUCAAAUGGGCGAACGACAGUUUGAUUAUUACAAUGAGCUGGCAAAUAUGACGGGCAUUGAGAAUAUUAAGCCGGUUAUUUUAAAGUUGAUGAAGGAUUGCGGUAAGAAAUAUAUUUUCGAAUUGGAUACUUAUCGCAAUCAUCGCUACAGGGUCUUGGAUGAUGAGAGCUUCUCAAAAUGCCCAUUGUGAUUUCAUUCUAUAUGCAUUUCUGUAUAUUAUGUAGCUUAUUUGCAUUUAAUUAUAAAAUUAUAAAAAUAAAUUUACUGAAUUUAAAA